AUGACGCCCCUCAGUCUCCACAAUCUCUUCAGCGUGGAGGACAAAGUGGUGGUCAUCACGGGCGGAGGUCGCGGCCUUGGCAAGAUGAUGGCCGACGGCUUCGUGCAGAACGGGGCUCGAGUGUAUAUCGCCUCCCGCGACUUGAAAGGGUGCGCUGCCACGGCCCAAGAGCUCAUGGCGAGAGGCUCCGGCCACUGCAUUGCCCUGGAAGCAGAUUUGCAGAGCGAAAGGGGGUGCAAGCAGCUCGCAGCAGCGAUCGCGAAACAAGAGUCCCGAGUCGAUGUCCUGAUCAACAACUCGGGCGUCGUAUGGGGUGGGGACUUUGACCACCAUCCAGAAUCCGCUUGGACCAAAGUGUUGACAGUGAACGUGACGGCGCCCUUUUAUCUGAUCAAGUACCUCUUGCCACUACUGGACGCCGCUGCCGCGACUUCGGAUGCUGCCCGCAUCAUAAACGUUGGCUCCGUGGCUGGGCUCGUACCCCAGCGGCUCGACACCAUUGCCUAUGAUACAUCCAAGGCAGCCAUCCACCACAUGACGCGCGUACUGGCGGCGAAGUUGGCACGUCGGUCGAACGGCGGUCAUAUUCUUGUGAACGCUAUUGCCCCGGGGCUGGUGCCGUCUAAGAUGUCGAACAGUAUUUCAAUGGUUACCGAUCAGACUCUGGACGAAGUUGCGACCAGCAUUCCGAUUGAGCGGUUCGGCGAAGAUGCUGAUAUGGCUGGGCUCGCUAUUUUUCUGUCGUCGAAGGCGUCGGGGUGGAUCACUGGUAUGGUGAUUGCCUCAGACGGUGGUCAAGUGUACGCAAUGGAGACCUGUGUGGGGCCGUCCAAGUUGUAG